GGUAAUAAACAAGAAAUCCCACGCGAAAUGCUGAACAGCCAGUAUGGCAUGGCAGCCCUGCUGUCGGGCCUACGAGAAAUGGAGCGCAAUCCAAAUACGGGGGCAACGCUUGCAGCAGGUCACGACGUUGCAACGCUGGGUGUGAACUUCAACGCCACCGGAAGAAACAUUCAUCCAACAUUUGGAGGACCAUGGCAAUCUUGUUCAUGCCCUGCACAGGAUAGCGAGGCUAGGGUGCCGAAGGAAUAUCGGGUGUUAUCUUUGAUUGGGCAUCGACUGCCACCGUUCUCGCUGAGAACGCUUUCUGAAGACACACUUUUCUAUUUUUUCUAUAAUUUCCCGGGCGAAGAAUACCAAAUUGGUGCUGCAAACGAACUCUAUUACCGGGACUGGCGGUAUCACAAAAGUCUGCAUGUCUGGAUGAUGCGAUCACAGCGUGGAUACGUCAAGGAGCAUGGACCAACCUUUGAAAAAGGCACAUACCUCGUCUUCGAUCAUACACACUGGCGCAAAGUAAGUUUUUCUUUGGGCACCUUUUUUCCUUAG